GCUGGUCUGAGGUGAGGAGGUGCUGACGCGCGCUGUCGCCGGCAGGGGUCACCCUGGAGGGUCUCCGUGCGUGACCCGGCCGUCCGUUGCCAGGCGACGGGAAAACACCGCGAGGCCCGUCAGGGACAUUGCGUAUUAGACAGUGCGUGGGUGACACCUGGUGGCCAGUACACGCCACUGCGGCCCCGGACACGCCUGGGGCGGCCAGGACAGGGGAGAGAGGAGGAAUCGGGGACCGUACUCGCGGGACAGCAGAGAGGGAAAUGUCUGGAGAGAGCUAGGGAGCUCCUGCAGCUGCCUGAGGCUUAAGGGCUCAGCGCCACAGAGUGCAGCCCGUACACCCUGUACAUCGAGGGGCGAGAGUCUGAGGCACCAGGAGGAAGAGUCUGACACCAGGAGGAAGAGUCUGACACCAGAGGAAGAGUCUGUGACGGGCAGGGGAAACAGCAGGAUGCAGGGCGUUGAGUGAGAUAAGAUGCGCCGGGCUCGUUCCCCUCACAGCAGAGCGAGAGAGCAAAUGCAGUUCAGACAUGACGAGGUUCAGCAGGCUGAAGCUCAAAGCAUUUUAUACCAAUACAGAGCUGUCUCAAUGCCCAGUGACCCCAGCUGGCCAGUGACCCCAGCUGUCCAGGGUGACCUGUCUCUCUGCCCUGACAGAAAUCUGACAGAGCCCACACAGGACACGUCCACCUGUGGUCAGAGUCCCCAGAUACCCCCAGAUGCACUGAAAUGAUCCCACAGUUUGCUGUGUUACGGAACGCAGGAAAAGGAGCUGAGCUGCUCUCACAGUCUGGGAAAUGAUCCUCAGAGUUCGCAGUGUUAUAAAAUGAUCUGCUCUGUUCCCGAAUAUUCUGGAAUCGUCAAAAACAUCACCAGUACUGUAAAAUGAUCUCACCUGCUCCCUUAUGUUCCCAACUGCCUACUUGGAGAUAUCCUUACCCACUCCCAAAACCUACCCACUAUCUCUCACAGUCCAGGGAUGAUCUGGGCGACUCGAGCUGCGCCCUCACACACACACACACACACACACACACACACACACACACAGUGUCCCUGCGCGCCCGUGGGCAGGGCAGGGCGGUGCUGGGGUUAUCGGGGCUCCCAGACGGACAGCCGUCCGGCAGGAGGAAGCAGGAAGGACAAUCUGUACCCACAGGAGGCCAGCGGACACGGAGUUAUUCCGGGAGGCUCUAUGGGCAGUGUCGGUCCCGGGCUGCACGCAGGACGAGCCGAGCACCCUGAGCCCCGAUGGACGUCCACUGUCCGGCUCCCUCCGGCCCCGGUCCAUCCAUCCUCGCCUCUCUCCCUCUGGCUGUGGCCUGUGCUCUUCUGCUCCUCAGCGGCCCCGUCGCUGGGAAAGGCUCGGACUGGGACGACAGUGUGGUGGGCCAGGCUGGUGCCCCGGUGACCUUGCCCUGCUCCGCCCAGCUGGGCAACAGGACCGUGCACUGGCACUGGCAGCCCGCGGGCUGGGACUCCUGGAGCCUGGUGCUGUCAGCCAAUCACAAGCAGGAGUUCUGGGGCGGGGCGCGGAAGCUGGAGCAGCGUCUGGCCGACCCGAGCUUCCCGAGCUCCGGAGACCUGUCGCUGGCGUUCAGGGCCAGGCAGCAGGACAGCGGACAGUACCUGUGUGAGGUGGACACGAAGGAGGGGGAAAUGAAACCGAAACGGCACAUAGUUCUCCUGGUCAUUCUGACAGUGUCCGUCGGUCCGCCCAGCCCUGUGCCCGCGGGCGGGACGGCGCGCCUGCUGGCCCGAGUGUCCGCGGAGGACUGGCGGGGGGGCGUGUCCUGGUUUUCCCCCCAGGGGGUGCCCCUGCCCAGGGAGACCCUCCCCUCGGGGGGGGUCCUGUCCAAGGUGCCCCGCUUCGGCCCGGCGGACCAGGGCAACUACACGUGCCAGGUUCUGCCCCAGGGCCCGUGUGGACGGCCCCGGUUCCUCUUCAGCCACGCCGUCGUCCUGAGAGGUGAGAGGGGGAGCAGCCAGGGGGACCCCAAAACGCCCAGUAAAACGUGCGGAUUUCCUGUCGGAAGGCACGGAAUUCAAGCAGGAGCCGACGGUGUCGGACCCCCUCGGUCUCGCUGCUCCAGGGGCAGUACAAGCCAGGACCCCCACGUUUCAGAUGAGUUGGGGUGAGCUGGGGUCUUUCCCACAGUGCCCCGACCACCUCCAGGAUCACCCCCAAGACAAGACAGGGGGCUACGCGGGGGGCAGUGGUGGGGUGAAGAAACCCGUCGAUGACGUUGUGGCAUCAGGCCAUGAAGACCUCUGACCUCUCUCUGUCUGCUCUUCUUUCAGACAGCACACAAGACCCCUUCACCAAUGUCUCUCACGGUGAGUGACCCCUUCUCUCUCGGCACAACACUCCCUCUGACUCCAGCUGU